AUGACGGAUCAAAUAAAAUUUACGCCAUCUGGAUAUGCAAAUUGGCCACAGAACAAUCAACCAAAGAUGACCAAUGAUCAAGCUAUGUCCAUUUUUAAAAAUAUUAAAUGGGCAAAUAAAAUAGAAUCUGUAGAUGAUUAUUUUGAACUAAUGAAUCUUUCAAAAACUGAUAAAAGAGUGAAAGAGGAAGAUAUAAUCAAAGAAUUUAUAUCAUUAUGUAUCAUUAAUAAAAUUAGAAUUAAAACAUGUUCAAAUAAUGAUACUGAAAAUCAAAGAAUUCGUAUAUUGGAAGAAUCAUUAAAAGAUAUUCAAUUAUUUUUGCAAUCCGAUUUCAAAAGCUAUACACCAAAACCUGUUGAAAUAAUUGCAAAACAAACAUCAUAUCAGACAAGCUCAUCCCUAUACACCAAAAAACUAACAUCAUCAUCAUCAUCAUCAUCAUCAUCAUCAUCAUCAUCAUCAUCUUUGGAAACAAAAAAUGUAGAAUUGGAAAUCAAACACCAAAAAUUGGAAAGGAAAUACCAAGAAUUGGAAAGGAAAUACCAAGAAUUGGAAAGUAAAUACCAAGAAUUGGAAACUGAUAACAAAGAAUUGGGAUGUAAAAACCUAGAAUUAAAAAUCAAAAACCAAGAAUUGGGAAUUAAUAACAAAGAAUUGGAAAAUCAAAACCAAGAAUUUGAAAUCAAAAUCCAAGAAUUAGAAACCAUAAUCAAUCAAUACAAAAAUGAAAAUAGUGCCAAAGAUAUGGAAAUAAUUGAUAUUAAUAAAAAGAAAGAAGAACUUGUAAGAGCCAUAGAGAAUGAGCUAGAUGAUAUUAAAAAAAGGUAUGUGGAACUUGAAAAGGUCAAUAAAGAAUCAAAAGAAAAUUAUGAAAAAUCAAUUUUUGGAUUCCAUGAAGCAAGAAUUGAAGAAAUCAAUAAAUUAGUAAUAAAAUAUAAUGAUUCACAAAAACAAUUGGGAGAGGAAAAAAUGAAUGUAACCUUUUUAAAAAAAAAGAUUGAAACAUUAAAAAAUGAAAAUGAAAAAUUAUCAACAAAUUGUGAUACCACCACCACCGCCACCACCACACCAUCAUCAUUAUCAUCUUCAUCUUCAUCUAUAUCCACAUCACCAUCACCCUCACCCUUACCAUCGCCAUCAUCUAGUGUAUGUAUUCCUUCAUUUGGAUCAGUUCCUCAACAACAACAACAACAACAAUUACAACAACAGCUUGAACUAAAAUUACUACCAUUGCAAUCAAAUGCAUCAUCAGCAUCAUCACCACCAUCACCACCACUAUUACCACCACCACAACUACCAAAUUUCACAGUGUACUUGACAGAUGAUAGUUUGAUGGAAAAAAUGUGUGAAUUGUUUCAAAAAGCCUUAAAAGAUUGUUUGGUUGAAAAAUUACCAAGUGAUCCUACAGAAUUUAAAAAGAAUUCUCUUAUACUAUUUAUAAAGAAUAUUGGUGGUGCUAGAGCUGAUGUUAAUGUAGAUACUGAAAAAAUCAAAGCCUUAAUAAACUCUUAUGGUAUAGUUAAAGAUUCAAACUCAAAGUAUCCAAUUGUCUACACUGUAUGUGUUAUGGGAAAAAUUUCAAGUAACGUUUUCUCCAAUGAUAUAUGUGAAUCAGUUUUAAUAAAUUACGUUUCACAAAGAAGAGGAUUCAGUAAAACUUUAAACAAAUCAUCAAUUCAAACAAUUCAAUCAUUUAUUAAAAAAGAAAAAAAAUAA